UAUAUAACAAUGCGAUCCCCAAUCCCCUAAGCAGCGUGGUGCAGUGUAGCAGGUGCCCGCCCGCUUUCCGCUGCCCUCCCGGCUCUUCUUCCUCUUCCUUCCUUCCUUCCUUCCACGCCACACCCCGGCCACUGCUGGUUUCUCAUUGGCGAGCCCAGCCGAGGUCCUCGUGGGCGGCCAUGGCAGCAGCGAGUAGGAGGAGGGGCUUCUCCUUGCCGGCGGCGGCGUGCCUGGUGGUUGUCCUGCUGCGGUGCCUGUCGGCGUCCGCCGAGCCCCUGCCGCAGUACUACAAUGCCAUCUUCAGCUUCGGCGACUCCUUCUCCGACACGGGCAACUUCGUGAUCAUCAACUCCGGCAAGCUGCCCAACAUGCCCAAGUUCCCGCCGCCGUACGCGCGCUGCUCCAACGGCCGCCUCGUCAUCGACUUCCUGGCCGAGGCGUUCGGUCUCCCGCUGCUCCCUCCGUCGGCGAACAAGGGCACCAACUUCAGCCAGGGCGCCAACUUCGCGGUGAUGGGCGCGACGGCGCUGGACCUCAAGUACUUCAGGGACAACAACGUGUGGAGCAUCCCGCCCUUCAACACCUCCAUGAACGUGCAGCUGCAGUGGUUCGACGAGGUCAAGCAGACCAUCUGCUCGGACCCGCAGGAGUGCCGCGCCUUCUUCUCCAAGUCCCUGUUCGUGUUCGGCGAGUUCGGCGGCAACGACUACAGCUUCGCGUGGAAGGCGGAGUGGCCCCUGGAUAAGGUGAAGACGAUGGUGCCGGCCGUGGUGGCCUCGCUGGUGCGCGGCGUGGAGCGGCUGCUGGACGAGGGCGCCCGGCACGUGGUGGUGCCGGGGAACCUCCCCGCCGGGUGCAUCCCCAUCACGCUCACCAUGUACCCCUCCGAGGACCGGUCCGAGUACGACCCCCGCACCGGCUGCCUCAAGAAGUACAACAGCGUCGCGCUCUACCACAACGCCAUGCUCCGGAUCGCCCUCGACCGCCUGCAGCGCCGCCGCCCCGAGGCCCGCCUCGUCUACGCCGACUACUACACGCCCUACAUCCAGUUCGCGCGCACGCCGCACCUCUACGCGGUAGAGGGGGAGAGGGAGGGGAAUAUCUAUCAUCUCUCUGCUCUGCUCUCUCCUCUGCUCUCUCCUCUGCUUCUGCUCUGGCACGACACGACUGAUCAGAGAGCAGUGGGCGCCUUUAUGGAGGUGAGGUGAGGUGUUGGUCUCCGAGCGGUCACCAGCCAGGGCUGGUGCCGCGCUGCGGCGCCGUCCUUGGCAUGCUUGUUUGGUUUGGUAGGCAACCAGAGAACAAACAAGCCAGGAGCCCGUCGGCCCCGUCGAUUUGAUGCUGCUCUCCUCCGCGACAGGCGGGGGAACUCGGGCUGGUCGGUCGGUGCUCGAUCGGCAGCCAGCCACUGGUGGUGGGGGAGUGGGAGUAGGCCACAGCCAGGGCGAGGGACUGAAGGAGAGUGAUGGCUCGGCUCCGGAUCGCGGGUACGGCCGGUGGUGUCGGGGGGACGCUCAGUCAGGGGUGUGGGCGGGCAACAUCGGCGUGAUCGAAUCGAGCUCACCUACCAGCAGGGGACCGGGAAGGGUUCUUGCCCGGCACUGGCACAGCCUGUGUCCGUACGCCGCAUCGACUGCUCUCGCUCUCCCCAUCCAUCGCUACUAGCUGCUCCCAUCCUGUCCUGUGCUAACAGAGCAAAACGCUGGGUGUGGUGUGUUGCGUGCAGGGUACAAGCGCGGCGCCCUCCGCGCGUGCUGCGGCGGCGGCGGGCCGUACAACUACAACAUGAGCGCCUCCUGCGGUCUCCCGGGGUCGACGACGUGCGAGGACCCCGACGCGCACGUGAGCUGGGACGGCAUCCACCUCACGGAGGCGCCCUACCGCUUCAUCGCCAACACCUGGCUCAAGGGCCCCUACGCGCACCCGCCGCUCGCCACCGUCGUCCGCGAGGACAUGGUCGACUGAUCAUGGCCAUCAGUCCAGCCAGGUGGUAGCGCGGUGUCAGUGUGCCUGCUGCCUGCAAGAAGAGAUAGUGAGUGUGAAGAGAGAGAGUGCUAAUAUAACGGAUGUGAGUGCAUUCCAUUUGUUCAUGUAUAUUUUGGGAUAAGUAAGUGAGAUCGAUCGAUCGGUUAGGUUUUUUUUUUUUCCUUUCUGCUUUCUCCUUGUUUUAUUUAUUAUCACCUGCAAUCGAGCGAGUGUAAUACUCUACUACUCUUGUUGCUUGGGCAUAGAUGAGAGCCAUGAGGAAACAAGUGUUCUGCUGACGGUUCAGGAUCAGCAGCCUGCGAUUGA